CCCUCACUGGGUAUCUCUCCCACCAGCUAGUGUGUGCUUUUAGAGACAGACAAAGUUGUCCCAGGCCUUAACCAUGAAGCACUGCGUGCUGUUGUCGCUGUUGUUGGCGUUGGGGUGCGCGCACGUCCAGGGUGCACCGGUGGCACCGGAUGGCAUGGAGCAGGGGUCGUGUGAAGACGCUACGGCGAUGGCAGCUGCAGGACUUGCUCUCACCAAGAUCAACCAGGACCGACAGGAAGGCUACGUCUUCGCUCUGCACCGUCUGUCCAACAUGCACAUGGCAAAACAUGGAGAGACCGGCGUGGUUUUCUACCUGACUUUGGAUGUUGUGGAGACCAACUGCAGUGUUCUCAGCAAGAAGGACUGGGAGGACUGUGAGGCUCAGCCCACCCAUAACACACCGGUAUAUGGACAGUGUAAAGCUGUCAUCUACUUAAAUAAGGUGCACAGAGUGGUGCGUCUCUACAAAUACGACUGUGUUAUCACACCAGUUCCUUCAACCAGGGUGCAUGAGCUGUGCCCUGACUGUCCGUCUUUUGUGAGCUUUGACAAUGCUGAGGUUCAGAAGUCUGUGUCUCUCUCGCUGGAGAAGUUCAACAGUGAGAGCGGAUUGUCCAAUCGUUUCGCUCUGCUCAAAAUCAGCCGUGCUACUGCUGGGAUGGCCAUGUCAAUGUAUUACAAUGCAGAGUACACCAUCCAGGAGACCACCUGCACCAAGAGCGCAGGAGCAGCUGAUAAGUGCCCCCUCAUGGAGUGCGAGUUCGCUCACAAGGGCUUCUGUAAGGCAUCCCUCUUCUACUCUCCUACUGGUGAUGCUGACUCCAGUGUAGAGUGUGAGAUCUAUGAGCCUGAGGCUGCCGAGAGAGAGAAGAAACACCACCUGUUGGGCGGCGAGACUGACCACAACCACACAGACACACACGCACACAGCCACACCCAUGACGGUGUACACGCUGCCGACGCAGCACACACACACGACCAUGUCCACGACCACACCAAGGGCCACACUCAUCACGACCAAAGCCAAAAGCACGCCGACAACAGCGACCACCACCACACACACGACCAUGGGGCAGGCAGCACCCACAGGCACGCUCACGACCACUCCCACGACCACGGGCACGGCCACGAUCACGUGCACACUCAUCACGCCAAGGCACACAACCACAGCGGCGACUCUCCCAACCAACACCACACCUACAUGCACGCCGGCAGCGACCACACCCACGAGCACGACCACGAGCUGGCUCUAGAUCACGACCACAAGCAUGCUCACCUGCACGACCACGAGCACCACCACCAUCACCACGAUCACGUCCACGAGACCACAACUCACGACCACCCAGAGGGUAUUGUGAGGUUUAUGCCCGCCGUGGACCAGCCCACGACCCUGCCUUUCUUCCCUGUCCUCCCUGGCCCCGUGGUGGGAGUCACUCUGCCACUAAAGCCCGACCCCCAGAUCCCCGGGCAGAUUGAGCCCACCAUCCUUGCCUUCCCCAUGGCGGUCUCCGCCAAUUGCGCCCCUGCAGCUGCCGGAGUCACCCUGGUGGAGAAACUCUUCUCUGAGGACCCCAGGUUCAAGACAGCUGCAUAAGGUCUUAAAACACAUAAACACAGACUGAAGUGAACACACGAAAAUAUUACCAGUAACACAACAGCACACACUUUCCUGUCUCUAUUCCUUCUAAUAAAGGUUAACUGCAUAAAAAACACUACAUUCACCUGUUUUUUUAAAGUGGUAAAUUUGUCAUAUAUAAUAAAAUAAUAAAAUCACUAAACUGGUUAUAUUGGUUUUAUAAUGCUCAGAGACAACAACUGUAAACUGUAAAACCUGACCACCUCAUUGCAGCAUUCACAUGGAGGAACUAUACAAUACAGCAGGCAAACUUUAUAUGUUUGUAUGUUGUCUGUUCUUGGCUGCACCAAAAAAUAAAUAAAUGAUACCACAAAUAA